CUGGGUUUAGCUCUAUUUAUUGUACGUGAUUUAGCUUGAUGUGAAAGGUCUUAGCUUUUUGUUGUUUUGCAUUCAAUUAUUCAGAGUUGGUAUAAGGAACUUUAAGUAAUAAUCGGAUCUAAUUCUAGUUGGCUGAUUCUGAUUGGUUAAUUUGCAUGUUUAUCUUAAUAAAUUUGGUAUGCUAAUGGAGACUUUGCUUAUACUGCUGGUAUAUGUGGCUAAUAGAUAUGAAUGCUUAUAUUCUAGUAUUUGUUUUCUUCAAUAGGAUUUGGGGACAAAUGUUUAAAACUUAUUAUUUCAAAUUUGAGUUUUUCUGUCUAUACUCCAUGAUUAGUGGCUUUUUAGUACUUCCAAAGUCUAAUUAUGUGCACUUGACCAGUUCUGGUUUUGAGCUACUAACAUCUGACCAAGAUAAGCAAUUUGCUGAUGGUCAUGUUCAAAGAGGGGUGAAGCUGAGGAGGUUAACAGAAAAUGGGCUUCCCACCCUUCUUGUUAAUCUUUCUGGCAGUAUGUCCUGCAUUUUUGGCACAAAUAGUUGAAGAUACAGCACUUUUGAUUGAUGCAACUGUAAAAAUUGCUGAGACUGAUGCUAAUUAUGUAUGCGCUACCCUUGACUGGUGGCCUAAAGAAAAGUGUGACUACAACGACUGCCCUUGGGGCUACACGUCUCUGAUGAAUCUGGAUUUGUCUCACCCCUUUCUGGCAAAUUCUAUUCAAGCUUUCAACCCUUUGAGACUACGACUUGGAGGUUCUUUGCAAAACCGAGUAAUAUAUGAUGUAGGCAAUUUGGAGUCUCGUUGCCAUGCAUUUACCAAGCAGGAGGAUGGGUUGUUUGGAUUUUCAAAGGGAUGCUUACAUAUGAAUAGAUGGGAUGAGCUAAAUAGCUUUUUCAAGAAGACAGGAGCACUUGUGACCUUUGGCCUGAAUGCAUUGCAUGGAAGGCAGCGGGCAGGUAAGCGUGUGUGGGGAGGGAAUUGGGAUUCCAGCAACGCUCGUGAUUUCAUAAAUUACACUAUUUCCAAGGGCUACCAGAUACACUCAUGGGAAUUUGGAAAUGAGUUAAGUGGUAAGGGUAUUGGUGCAAAUGUUGAUGCGGAGCAAUACGGAAAAGAUGUUAUCCAUCUUAACAAUCUCAUAGACCAAUUGUAUAAGAAUUUCCAACCCCGACCACUUCUCUUAGCACCAGGAGGAUUCUAUGAUAAAGAGUGGUAUGAGAAGCUUCUUGAGGUGUCAGGGCCAGGCACUGUCGAUGCCUUGACUCAUCAUAUAUAUAAUCUUGGUCCAGGAUCGGACCACAAUCUCGUCAACAAAAUUUUAAAUCCUCUGCACUUAAAUAAAAUUGCUAACACAUUCAGUAACCUUAGCCAAACCAUUGAAAUGAAUGGUCCUUGGACUUCAGCUUGGGUUGGAGAAUCUGGUGGGGCCUUCAACAAUGGAGGUCAUAACGUGUCUAACACAUUUGUGAACAGUUUUUGGUACUUGGAUCAGCUUGGGAUGGCAGCCAAGUACCACACUAAAGUAUAUUGCAGGCAGACUUUUAUUGGAGGAAACUAUGGGCUCCUUGACACAAGCACAUUUAUCCCAAAUCCUGAUUAUUACAGUGCACUUCUUUGGCAUCGGCUAAUGGGAAAAGGAGUUUUUGCUGUUAGCAGCAAUUCAUCAUCAUAUCUGCGCUCUUAUGCCCACUGUACAAGAAAUAGAGCAGGUGUGACAUUACUUUUGAUCAAUUUAAGCAACCAAACUCAGUACAGAGUCAGCAUCGAAUCUAGUGUACACACCUCCUCGCAUGCCAACGAGAAAUCAAAUCACAAGAAGUCGUUUAUACACGGUCUUAAGAAAACUUUUUCAUGGGUUGGAAGUAAAUCAUCAGACGUUACAUUGUCACGCGAAGAAUACCAUCUGACUCCACUAAAUGGCAACCUUCACAGCAAAACUAUGCUCCUGAAUGGAUUACCAUUACAGCUCACAGAAAUUGGAGACAUCCCAAGUUUGUCUCCGGUCCUUGUAAACAUAGUGUCUCCAAUAUCAGUUGCCCCCUUGUCCAUCAAAUUCAUUGUCUUUCCCAACUAUAAUUCUCCAGGUUGUAGAUAGGAUUAGGAAAUACUGCUGCCAGAGAGCUCUAAUGUAGCACUCUGUGGAUUCAUACCUUAGUAAUUGUACACUAGCUACAAUAAAAUGAGCAGCCAAUUUUUUAAGA